AUGUUCUCAUUCUCCAACAAUGCAAGUGUAAAAGCUUUUCACCAUCUGCUUUCAACACUCUCAUGCAAACACUCCUCUUCUUUCUCCACACACGCUAGUCUCCUCUCUCUAAUCUCCAACGCCAAAACUCUCCCCCAAACCAAGCAAUCUCACGCCUCUGCACUCUUCAAUGCCUUCCUUCCUCAAAGUAUCUCUCUUUGUGCCUCUCUCAUCCUCAAGUACGCCACUUUUCAUGACCCCACCACCUCUCUCUAUCUGUUUCAUCAAACUCUUCCUUUCUCUCGCUCUGCUUUCUUGUGGAACACUCUCAUUCGCGCUUUGUCGGUGGCACGCGUUAAUGAUGAUUUUAGAACAUAUAAUCAAAUGGUUAAAAUGGGUGUUAGGCUUGAUGAUCACACCUUUCCUUUUGUGCUGAAAGCUUGUGCCGAUAGUUUGAGUGUUCAAAAAGGUAGAGAGAUUCACGGGGUUGUGUUUAAACUUGGGUUUGAUUCGGAUGUGUUUGUAGGGAACACAUUAUUAUUGUUUUAUGGGAAUUGUGGGGGUUUGAAAGAUGUGAAGAGGGUGUUUGAUGAAAUGCUUGAAAGGGAUGUUGUGUCGUGGAAUUCGGUCAUUGGGGUGUUUUCGGUUCAUGGUUUCUAUGCCGAAGCAAUUCAUUUAUUUUGUGAAAUGAAUUUGAGGUCUGGGUUUAGGCCAAAUAUGGUUAGUAUUGUGAGUGUUUUGCCGGUUUGCGCGGGACUUGAGGAUGGGGUUACGGGGAGGCAAAUUCAUUGUUAUGUUGUGAAGACUGGCUUGGAUUCUCAGGUGACUGUAGGGAAUGCUUUGGUUGACGUGUAUGGGAAAUGCGGGUAUGUGAAAGACUCGAGGCGUGUUUUUGAUGAAAUUUCAGAGAGAAAUGGGGUUUCUUGGAAUGCAAUAAUUACUAGUCUUGCUUAUCUUGAGCGUAAUCAAGAUGCGUUGGAGAUGUUUAGAUUGAUGAUUGAUGGAGGAGUGAAGCCAAAUUCUGUCACUUUUUCCAGUAUGUUGCCUGUCUUGGUUGAAUUAAAACUUUUUGACUUCGGGAAGGAAAUUCACGGGUUUAGUCUAAGAUUUGGACUUGAAUCUGAUAUUUUUGUUGCCAAUGCUUUGAUUGAUAUGUAUGCAAAAUCAGGUCGUUCACUUCAAGCAUCCAAUGUGUUUAACCAGAUAGGUGAAAAGAAUAUUGUUUCGUGGAAUGCCAUGGUAGCUAAUUUUGCUCAAAAUAGGCUUGAAUUAGCAGCUGUAGAUUUAGUGAGGCAAAUGCAAGCUGACGGUGAAAUACCAAAUUCUGUCACCUUCACGAAUGUUCUUCCAGCGUGUGCCCGAAUUGGAUUCCUUCGUCCUGGAAAAGAAAUCCAUGCAAGGGCAAUUCGCACAGGGUCCUCUGUUGAUCUAUUUGUGUCAAAUGCUCUGACAGACAUGUAUGCAAAAUGUGGUUGUCUAAAUCUUGCUCGAAGAGUCUUUAAGAUCUCCCUUAGAGAUGAAGUAUCUUACAACAUUUUAAUUAUAGGCUACUCUCAAACAACUAAUUGCUCAGAAUCUCUUCGUUUAUUCUUGGAAAUGGGGAUUAAGGGUAUGAAGCUUGAUGUAGUUUCCUAUAUGGGUGUCAUUUCAGCGUGUGCAAAUCUUGCUGCAUUGAAACAAGGGAAAGAGGUUCAUGGAUUAGCAGUAAGAAAGCAUUUGCACACGCACCUCUUUAUUGCCAAUGCACUUUUGGACUUCUAUAUCAAAUGUGGACGAAUUGAUCUUGCUGGUAAGGUCUUUCGUCAAAUUCCAAGCAGGGACACGGCCUCUUGGAAUUCUAUGAUUUUAGGUUACGGAAUGCUGGGUGAAUUGACGAUUGCUAUCAACCUUUUUGAAGCAAUGAAGGAAGAUGGGGUGGAAUAUGAUUCAGUCUCAUACAUUGCGGUCUUGUCUGCUUGCAGUCAUGGAGGGCUAGUUGAAGAGGGGAAGAAAUAUUUUGAGCAUAUGCAGGUCCAGAAUAUUAAGCCAACGCAAAUGCACUAUGCUUGUAUGGUCGAUCUCCUUGGCCGGGCUGGACUUAUAGAGGAAGCAGUAAAACUUAUUGAAAGCUUACCCAUUGAACCCGAUGCCAAUGUAUGGGGUGCUUUGCUUGGGGCAUGCCGAAUACAUGGGUAUAUUGAGUUGGCUCAUUGGGCAGCUGAACAUUUGUUCAAGUUGAAACCCCAGCAUUCUGGAUACUACUCGGUUCUUUCAAACAUGUAUGCAGAAGCUGGAAAAUGGGACGAGGCAAACCAGGUAAGGAAACUGAUGAAGUCGAGAGGUGCAAAGAAAAAUCCCGGUUGCAGUUGGGUUCAGAUUGAUAACCAGGUUCAUGCUUUUGUAGCUGGAGAGAGAAUGAUGAAUGUUGAUUCAAGUCUUCUAUGUGCAGAUCCCUGAUUCAAUUAUUCAAUGUUUGAAAAUCGAAUUCCGAGGUUCAUUUUACAAAAGAGUGCCCGAUCUUCAAGUGGUUUAGCUCUUUCGAUUUGGAUGUGUUGUAAGAGAGACUUACAACACAUCUUGCACAGCUGAGGUCCCCGUCAAUCCAACGAUCACACAGCAUGUUCAUGAUAUUAUUUACAUGGCACGACGAUUCAGAAGUUUUUAAUCAAUCUGUCCAAGUUAGCAAGGAGCUCCUUUCAAUUAUAAGUCUCUAGCAUGGUCCCAAGACUAAAAACAUGUUCCGAACAAAUUCCCACUGCACCAAGUUUUUGGGUUUCAUUGUUCCAAAAAUUUACAAUACAACAUAGGUUGCAUUUGGUA